AUGGGGGCGACCCCUUUCCACCACUCGAUCCUCGGAGUACGACUGCCGAAGCACUUUGAUAAGCCGACAGAUAUGAGGUACGACGGUACUCAAGAUCCCCAGGAACAUCUAACGGCCUUCGAGGCCAGGAUGAACCUGGAAGGGGUAGGCGACGAAGUAAGGUGCCAGGCUUUUUCGGUAACCUUAGCCAGGCCAGUGAUUCGUUGGUUUAAUGCCCUUCUCCAGGGCUCCAUAACCACGUUUGCCGACAUCAGUCGCGCCUUCUUGGCUCAGUUCACCACGCGUAUCGCCAAAGCAAAACACCCGAUUAAUUUGCUAGGGGUGACUCAACGAACCGGCGAGCCAACCAGGAAGUACCUUGACAGAUUCAAUGAUGAGAGCCUGGAGAUUGACGGCCUGACCGAUUCGGUGGCCAGUUUGUGCUUAACCAACGGGAUGCUAAAUGAGGAUUUCAGAAAACACCAUACCACCAAGCCCGUCUGGACAAUGCAGGAAAUUCAGAACGUAGCCAGGGAAUAUAUCAAUGAUGAAAUCACCGACAAGGGCAUCUUGUCGAAGCCCCGACAACUUAAGGACAGGUCGGAAGGAAACAAGAACCUCUAUUGUGAUUAUCACAAGGGUUAUGGCCACAAGACCCAAGACUGUUUUGACCUGAAAGACGCCCUGGAGCAGGCCAUUCGAGAAGGAAAGUUGGCCGAGUUCUCCCACCUAAUAAGGGAACCAAGGAGGAGGGAUCAAUCAACCGAGGACAAAAGCCGCGCCGUAAGGCAAAGACGGGAACCCAAGGAGGACAGUGAGCGUGGCCUCAGUGUGGUAAAUGUGGUGAUCGGAAGGGACGUCCCUCCCAGAUCAAAAUCGGCUAGCAAGAAGGAUGCCAAGGUCUUGGCUAUGUCUUCUGGCUCCACGCCGCCCUCCCGGAGGGUACCCUCGAUAUCAUUUGGCCCCGAAGAUCAAUGGUUUGACGAGGUUGUGGAGAACCCACCGAUGGUCAUCACGGCCAGGGUGGGUACCGGCCUGGUAAAGCGAAUCCUGGUGGACACAGGGGCUGACUCCAAUAUCAUGUUCCGUAAUGUAUUCGAUGCUAUGGGCCUACGGGAUACCUAA